GUGACAACAUUGUAAGACACGUGCGGUUGCUAGGGGCGACUGACAACAGACAGCGGUUGCAACAGUUAGCGACAGCAAACUGGAGAAAGAAACAACUGAUAGCAGCGGUUAAUUAUAGCUAAUCCAGCGGAAACAAUUAGCUAGCUAGCUAUUACUUUGAAUUCUUUUGUUGGUUGUAGAGGCUUAGUCAAACUGCAGGAAAAUGCCGAGCAUUAUUAAUACAGUUUUAUCCGAGAUGGGCUGGGAUGAGCGCUUUGCUAUCCCCGAACCUAACGCUGAAAACAAGGCUUUGAUAGAAGAGAUUCGUAAAAAAGAGACAGAGUCGGUGCAUCUGGAAAACAAACUUGAGAGAAACAAGGAUCAAAAGCAGUUAAUGACCGAAUUCCUCAAAAACGCUAAACAAGAGCUGGAAAAUACUGAGGCCCUGUGCAAGGCAAAGGAAAGAGAUGAAGAGUUGGAGAAACACCUCACCUCCCUUGCAGAAAGAGAGACAGGUCGCCUGGCACAAGAGAUUGCUAAGAUGGAGAAUGACCAUAGAUCUUUAGCAGAGAGGAGGAACAUGCUCGAGAACCAUAUCUUCAAGGCCAAACAGAAGCUAGAGGAGUUUAGGAACCAAAUGAACUGGGACCAGCAGACCAUGGAUGGCUUUUUAGAGGAGUCAGCAUGCAAAGAUGAGGACACAAUGGCCAUCAUGAAGUACGCCCAGCAAGAUGAGCAGAGGAUCAAGUCACUCACUCUGGCUAUAGAGAAGAAGACACUGGAGGCCAAUGAAAAGCGCAAAGCACUUGACAAAGAAUUGACUGAGACUAUAUCUGCACAGAUUGCUUUGGAUAAAACUACAGAAAAUUUGCAGCAGGCCCACCUGGAGACACAGCAGCUCAUCCACCAGUGGGAAAACACCAUCAAGCAGAUGAAGCAACGAGACGCUGAGAUGCAGCAGUGUGCUCUGCAACUUGCCCAAGCCAACCAGAACAUCAGGGAGAGAAAUUGCACCAUUACAGAGAAGAAGCACUUGCUGGACACUCAGAGGAACAACAACAAGGAAACGGAGAGGAAGAUAACAAUGGCCAACCGACAGGCUGUAAAACUGCGGGAGGAUUUGAAGGAGCAGGAGAAUAACUGCAGCAGGCUGAAGGACGAGCUGGAUAGUUGCAAAGGCACACUGGACAGAGCAACCUCCGAUGUGGAGUCGGUGACGUCCCACAUAGCCAGAAUGAAAAAAGACAUCCAGGAUAACAAUGACAAACUCAAGCAGGCCAGGGCCUACAAUGUUGCGCUGGAAGAGAAGCUGAAAGUUGUGACUCAGACCGCCCUUAGUGAGGAGGAGAGAGCUGCACAGAUGGAUCACCUCCUCAAUGAUGAGGAACACGCAAUCAAGGAAUUGGAUGUCCAGCUGCGUGACUGCAGGGAGGAGCUUUGUCGUAAAGAGCGUUUGCAGGCCCUCAAGACCAACGAGAAGAAUUCUAUCUCUCAGGUUUCGAGGAGUAAAUCCACCAUCACCAGCCUGGACAGCCAGCUUAGAAAACUGGAGAAGGAAUUAGUAAAACAGCAGAUGAUCACGAGUCAACAGGAUUCCCAGAUCGUCAGCCUGGGUAGAAAACUGGCACGGCUGCAAGGUGAAGCUCACUCGGAUGAUAAACAAAUGCUAGACACAAAGAUCGCUGAGCUGACCAAAGCCCUAGAGGAGAAGAAGGAGACGGCCAAGAUGCUUACCAACACACUCAAGGAGUCUGAGAAUGAUAUUCGCUAUUUGAGGAAAGAGAUGGAGAAGUCAGAAGCUCAAAGGAGAGAUCUGACUAACAAGGUGGAGGAGCUCUUGCUACUCCGUAACACCAAUGAAAAGGAGCUGAAGAGACUCAGGCUCAGGAAACAGGACAACAUGGUGGAGCACAACGUCAUGAAGAUAGAGGUCAAGCGUAUGAGGGAUCUGCUGUAUAACAAGGCGGGCAGCGUGCUGUCCCUGGAGAAGAGGAAGCUGGAGCUGCAGAAAGCCAUAAAGGACAGGGAGGAAGAGGUCAAGGUCUACAGAGAAAUGCUCAGCCAGCAGCUCAAGAUCAGUGAGCAGGAGAGACAGAGACUCAGGUUGAUAGAGGAGAAAUCACAGGCUUACUACAUCACAAAGGCUGCACAAGAGAAAGAGGAGCUCAAGCGGAAGGGAGACGGUCUGGAUGCUAACAUCCGCAAGAUGGAGCUGGAAAAUAGAGCUCUGGAGAACACCAUUCAGUUGUUCAACAACAGUAACUCAGCAUUUCGCAAAUCCCUCAACAAAGUAAAUGAAUCCAGUCCAGAGCACCAGGAAAAACUGAAGCUGGAAGAGCAGUUGAGGGCGGCUGAAGAGAUGCUGAAGUAUAGGAAAAGACAACUCCAAGAGCUCCAACAGGACUUACAGGACAUGAACAAUACAUUGGAGAGUCUGCUGCAAGAAGAGCAGAUGGAGAAAGAUAACAUAGAGCACAAACAGUCACUCAUCAGUAAACUGAACAAAGAAAUCGCUUCCCAGCAGGAGAAGGUUGUCAGAGCCACAAAGCAGUGCUCUAAGCUUACCAAAGAGAUCCGCUUGGCAAAAAACACCAAAACUGAGACUUUCGAGGAGAAGGACAUUAAGCUGAGGGAGUUAAAAGAAUUUAAUAAGAGUAUCAACAAGAUGCUGAAUGUGGCCAUGGAUGAAACCCCUGACCUCAGAUCAGUGUUGGAGAAAUACUUCCAGCAGGCCCAUUUGUCUCUUCCAUCUCCGUCUUCUACUCCUUCCAGCCAUCGGAGCUCCAUAAGCUCUGCCCGCAGCUCUGCCUCUCUCAGGUCUUCUGCGUCCUCAGCCGGCAGCAGCCCCAGGGCCUCUGCACUUCACUCCCCCGUGCUGAAGACUGUGCAACUGGGCUUGGAUCUGGCCAUGACCUCCCCUCCCCUCACCACCUCCGGACGUUCCAGUUCUGCGAGCAGCAGCAGCAGCAGAAAGUUAAAGAACCCAUAAUGAUGGCCGAUUUAUUCUUUAUUUACGGAUGUAAUGUCAUACUGUAUUUUAAUGCAUUAAAAAUCUGUUAUUGUUAAUUUGGUCUUAUUCUGUAACACUUUAAAAUAAGGUACACAACAUU